AUGUUCUGGGGAUUGAUCCUAAAGCAGGGGAAGAAAUACUCCAAGGUGGUGGAGCAGGACUUCCAUCUCACACACGCUGCCCUAGACCUGACGGACAGUAGCGGCGACGUCCAGGUUAUGCUGACGACGGAAAGCAUAACGUAUCUGCUUUGCACCCUAAACAAGGCAAUCCCUCAGGUGGUGCUGGACCAAGCAUUCGCUACCGGAGAUGAAAUUAGCUUCGCUACGAAGGGGCAAGGUGUUGUACAUCUUACUGGGAAUGUGCUGCCGGACGAGAUGGACGAGUUGGAUGACGAAGAGGACGAGAUGGAUGAGGAGGAGGAGGAGGAACUGGUGACUGCAAAUGGCAAACCUCGAAGUGCGAAGCAAGUGGCCAAAGCCAAAGUGGCAAAAAAGAUAGCCGACGGAGAGGUAUCGGAGGGUAGCGAUGAGGACGACGCUACCUUCACCGAGUCGAUGCUGGACGACAGUGCUGCGAACGGGCUUGAUGAUGAUGACGACGACGACGAGGAGGAAGAUGAUGAUGAACAGAGUGACGAGGAAGACGACGAGGACAAUGAGGAUGGUGAAGAGGAGGAGGAGGAAGACGACGAUGAUGAGGAAGAGGAGGACGACGACGACGACGAAGAGGAAGAGGAUGAGCAGCCGAAGGCAAAGCAAGCCAAGUUGAGCAACGACGCCAAGCCGGUAAACGGAAACGCGAAGUCCGCGAAGGAAGGACCCAAGAAGCAGGAACAGCAAGACCAGCCGAAAAAGGGUGGCGUGCGCACGCUGCAGGAUGGACUGACGGUCGAAGAUUUGAAGGUUGGUACCGGACCGGAGGCCAAACCUGGCAAGAAGAUUGCGGUUUACUACGAGGGCCGGCUGAAGUCGAACAAUAAGGUGUUCGACAGUACGAACAAGGGCCCGGGGCUGAAGUUCAGCCUUGGCCGGGGAGAGGUUAUUAAAGGGUGGGAUUUGGGUGUCGCCGGGAUGAAGGUAGGUGGCAAACGGCGAAUUGUCGUCCCGCACAAACUUGCGUACGGCACCAAAGGCAGCCCCCCGGUAAUCCCCCCAUGUAGUACGCUCUUGUUUGAAGUGGAGCUUAAGAAAGUUUUCUAA